CGGACUUUGUGGCGACGCUGACCACGCUCGAGCUCUACGUCGACGGAUCGCGGACGGCUCGUGUCGUCCACAGCGCGGGCGGCGCGGCGGGCGGGGUGGUCUCCGAGGGGCAGGGAUACGGGCUAUUCCUGGCGGGCACGCUCGCGGCGGCGCUGCCGGCAGAGCACGCCGCGAGGGUGACGGUGGUGGCGGAGGCGUACGAGCUCUUCCGAGGCUGGCGGCUGAUGUGCGAGCGGACUGUCUCCGACUCGUGCCAGGAGAGCCACUUCUGCGGCGAGGACGAGUCGCACGAGUGCCUCCCGUCAUGGAAGUUUGACGACGCGGUCACGCAGGAGGUUGGCACCGGCUCAGCGCCCGACGGAGACGAGGACGCGAUCCUCGGCAUGCUUCUGCUCGUGCUGGCGACGCAGAGUGAGGCCCCGCGCCCGCCCUGGUGGGGCGAGGUUGCACAGUGGGCGUACCAGAGCUGCCGCGCUUUCCUGCAGCACCUCUCGGUCGACCACCCGACCCUCCUGUCCAGCAACGGCCGCCCCCUGCGCAUGCUCAAGCUCGGCUCGUGCUGGGGAGGAUGGGACUGCAACAACCCCAGCUAUCACGCGCCGGGCCACUACCGCGCCUUUCGCGACUACAUGCUCUCCUUCGCGGCGAGCUACGGCGCCACCGCCUCGGAGGGGGCCGACCUCGCGCCCGUCUGGGACUCGCUCGUCGAGACGAGCCACGCGCUGCUUCGCGAGGCGCAGUGCGACGCGAGCGGGCUCGUGCCGAACUGGUGGGUUCCGGCAGACGGCAACGACGACGUGGGGGCGCCGGGGACGCCCGGCUGCGGCGGGAGCGGCACCGAGCCGGCAGAGUUUGGCGCCGAGGCGUCUCGGACUGCGUGGCGCGUCGGCGUGGACGCUCUCUGGUACGGCAGCGCGGAGGCCGCCUCCUUCCUCCGCCCGAUGGCGGCCGAGGUCGAGGAGGCGGUGAGGACGGACUACCAGCUGAGCAGCGGCUGCUGGAUCAGCUCCGUCCUCUCCGACUGGCAGUGGAUCGGCUUCAUGGCCGGGCCGGUUACGACGUCGCUGCUCGUACCCGCGGGCGGGCUCGACCCGAGCCUGCAACAGGCCGCGCUGGACGACCUUGGGGUCAAGAUCCAGGGCAUGCCCGUGAACGACUACUACUCUGGCUCUUGGGUCGCCAUCGCCACCGCAACCAUGCUCGAGUGCGGCCGGGCCGGCAUCUGCCCCGAGAGCCCGCGGUGGGCGGACCCGGCCGAGCUGCACGAGGUGCGCUGCUGCUCCGACACCGCAAUUGGAGGGCCAUCUGCGCCGGUGCACAAGCACGGCUUUGCUCCGCCGCCGAGCUUCUCGCCGACUGCGCUCGCGGCACAGGCUGCGGGCACGACAGGGACCUGA